AUGGCUGCAGACACCUGCUUAGACGCCAGGUCCCGUGGGCUGGAGGUGCGGGCGUCCCCAGCCAUCCUGUCCCAGACCCGGAGUCGCAGGGCCGUGGCCGCCGCGGGCGCCCCGGACGGCAAGGAGCCGGUGGCCAGGCCCGGCCAGAGGCGCUGGGCCGGGCGGAGGGAGUGGCUAGGAGAUCGCGGACGCAAGGACCCCAAGGUCUCCAGGUCGCGCUGGGCGCGCGGGCCCCGGGCCUUUUGUCUGGAGAGGCCGUUGCGCCGGGGCUGGAGGCGGACCCGUACUCGGGGCGAGGGCCGCCCGUCCGGGCCGGAACCCCGAGCUGGGCGAGCGGGCGAGGGUCCCGGCUCCUUCCCCGCGCCCCGCACCUCCAGGCCGCAACUUGACCUGCCCAGCGCGCGCCCGGGCACGCGGAGAACCGGGCCCGGGAUCAAAGCGGGCGCGCGCGUCCAGCGCCCGGUCCUCCAGGAAGCCGGCGCAGGGGUCGGGGGUGGGGGCGUCGCCCCCGCAGGCCCUCGCCUCCUGUCCACCCGGUGGUUGUGUGCAGACCUCCACGGGCACGCACACGCGAGCAAAGGCGCGGACACAGACCUGGCACAGGACCGGCGCAGCGCGCAGACGCAGCCCGGGCCUGCCUUCCCCUUGGCUCCCGGCUCGCGGCUGGGCAGCCUGGCCCAAGCCACUUACACCAAAGGCCACCUUGCCUGUCGCUUUGCCCUGAGGCCGGGUUUUACCCGGGUCUGGUUCCAAAACCGCCGCGCCAAGUGGAGGAAGAAGGAGAACACCAAGAAGGGCCCGGGGCGGCCCGCGCACAACUCCCACCCGACCACGUGCAGUGGCGAGCCGAUGGACCCGGAGGAGAUCGCGCGCAAGGAGCUGGAGAAGAUGGAGAAGAAGAAGCGCAAGCACGAGAAGAAGCUACUCAAGAGCCAGAGCCGCCACCUGCACUCACCCGGCGGCCUGUCCCUGCACAGCGCGCCCAGCUCCGACAGCGACAGCGGCGGCGGCGGCCUGUCCCCAGAACCGCCCGAGCCGCCGCCAUCCGCCGCCGCGGCCAAGGGUCCCGGCGCGCACAGCGCUGGCGCCGCCUGUGCAGCGCCCGCACCGCCUGGCGAGCCGCCUGCGCCCGGCACCUGCGACCCCGCCUUUUUCCCGAGCCAAAGAAGUGGCGCUGGCCCGCAGCCACGGCUAGGCCGCCCCGUGGACAAGGACGUGGCCCCGUGUGCACCGGGGGUGGUGGCGGCUGAGCGCGGGGCCGCGGGCCCGCCCAAGGCCAGCCCGUUCAGCGUGGAGAGCCUACUGUCCGACUCGCCGCCGCGCCGGAAAGCGCCCCCAGCCAACGCGGCUGCCGCGGCUGCCGCAGGGCUGGACUUCGCACCCGGGCUGCCAUGCGCGCCGAGGACCCUCAUCGGCAAGGGCCACUUUCUGCUCUAUCCCAUCACGCAGCCGCUCGGCUUCCUGGUGCCGCAGGCCGCGCUCAAGGGAGGCGCGAGCCCUGAGCCCGCGCCCAAGGAUGCGCCUCCCGCGCCCUCCGUGCCGCCCGCUCCGCCUGCCCAGGCUAGCUUCGGGGCCUUUCAGGGGCCCGGCGGCGCUCCGGACUCGGCCUUUGCGCGCCGCAGCCCCGACGCUGUCGCCUCCCCGGGGACCCCGACCCCGGCGCCUUUCCGGGACGCCGCGGCCUCGGCCGAGGGCGGCGGUGGGGACUGCGCGGAUGCGGGCACUGCCUGCCCAGCGGCCCCGCCGCCGCUCGCGCCGUCGCCCGGGCCUGGCUUGCCGGCUCCCAGCCCCGCUGCAGAGCCAGCCGUCAGCGGGGCCCCCGAGCCAGGCGCCUCGACCGGACCCAGCACGCGGGAUGGCGAGGAGGUGGACAUGGACUGA